AGUGGAGCACACGAAAAGAGAAAUCCGGUCUUGCGGUUCACUUGGCAAAACUUUCCCAAAUUCAUUCAUUUCAACUCUUAAUUUAGCGAGACACCCUUUCACUUUUUGUACAUCCAUUCAAUCCUCACUAUUUAAGAUAAUCCGCAGAUAUGGGAUCAGAACACAAACCAAAUUCUGACUGGAGGAAAUUUGCAAUAUACUGGCAACAGGUAAGUCAACAACAUGCUAUCAUUUGAUCAUUGCUUCGGGCUUCAAUUAAUUAAUUAUUUUCAGGAUUAUAUUCAACUAACAAUGACCAUCUGUUGCAGAUCAUCUAACUACCAUAAGAAUGGCAAUUCAGACUAUCACUUGGAUGAGCGCCUUCCUCUGCCUCGCGCAGGUUUUCUCGAUGCCCAUGCCUUGCCAGCUACAAGGACAGCUGGUGCGAACAACCCACAACCGACUGAGAGACAUGGGCGGUCAUUUUCCUCUGGAGUGCCUGCAGGAGAAUGUCUUCAUGGCAUUCCCAGCCACCUCAUUUGCAACCUCCGGGGCGCCACAGUUGAGCAGCAGUGCUGCUAAGGCUAUUUAUGAGACAUUGAAGAACAUCGACACAUUGUUCGGAACUGACGAACUGCCGACAAUGUGGGACCAACAGAAGUUGGAGUAUUUUCAGAACAUUAUCUACCGUCAGAUUGAAGAGAGCGAGUGUAUGAGCAGUGUGGAUACAAGUGAUUAUCCCAUCAGGGCAGAGGGCCUGAAGACAUACUUUGGGAACAUUGCAGCAGUUUUAAAAGAAAAGAAUUUCAGUUACUGCGCCUGGGAAGUGGUUCGAAAAGAACUCCUGUACACCCUAGAAUUCAUUCUGAAACACAACUCUGACAGCCUUCUGUGGUCCAACAGAACAUGAAUUUGAACUUGCAGAUCUUUUUUUACUAAUGUGUUUUACAAUUGUGCUUGAUUUUUAAAGCCUUCUAUUCUACAAUCAUGCAAUGUGCAAUGUCAAACAGCAAUAUCAUACAUGUAUUUAUUUAUGUAUUUAUUUAUCAAGGUUAUUUAUUGAUGUA